AUGGCUUCCCGGCAACGAAGUUCCAAAGUGUGGGAGCAGUUUAAGAAAAGUGGUGAGAAAAGUGUGCAGUGCAACGUUUGCAAAGCUGAACUUGCCUUUCAUGGUAGCACAACGGCUAUGCAUGAGCAUCUGAAGAGAAAGCAUGUCAUUGUGGAUGGUUCUGAUGAGGGUCCGUCAUCUAGUGCUAAAAAAGCCCGGUCUUCUUCUCUGGACGGCUUUGUGACCAAGCCGACAAGGUGCACACCACACCAAGCCAAUGUCCUGACCGAGUCAAUACUAAACAUGCUGGUCACGGACAUGAGACCAAUGUCCAUGGUGGACGAUGAAGGAUUUAGAGAGAUGAUAAAGCAGUUCAACCCGGAAUAUCACGACAACUACCUACCAGGCAGAUCCCAUUUCACCACAUUGAUGGAAAAGAAAUACGAUGCAACCUUUGAGAAGAUAAGUCUCUCUUUCUCUCAAUUGGUAAAGGAGACCCUCAGAGGUGUAAAAAGUUCCUUAACUCUUACUGCUGAUGUGUGGAUGAGUCGUGCGACAGAGUCUUACCUUGGUGUGUCUUGCCAUUUCCUGAGUGAGGAUUGGAAGAUGAAGACCUUCAACCUUGCCACCAUGCCUCUUGAGGAGAGGCAUACUGGUGCAAAUAUAAUGACAUGGAUGGAAGAGGUUCUGACGAAGUUUGACAUCUUGCCCACCAAAAUAAAAGCAGUAGUUCAUGACAGUGGUUCCAAUAUGGUGGCAGCAAUGCGACUGCUUGAAGAAAAACAUGGAUGGGCCUCUAUCCGCUGUGCUGGACACACACUCCAGCUCAUAGUUAACACUGCUCUCAAAGAAACAACCAUUAGCAGAGCACUAGGUGCUGCUAGGCAGCUAGUGGAGCACUUUAAGAGAAGCGAGCUGGCUAGUACAAAGCUAAAGACAAAACAGGAGCAAAUGAAUGUCAAGAAAAAUGCGCUGAUCCAGGAUGUCAGUACAAGAUGGAAUAGUACAUUCCACAUGAUAGAGAGACUCCUCGAACAGCGCUGGCCUCUCACUGCCACUCUCUCAGAUCCUGAGGUAACUCCAAGGGGGAAACAAUACUUCGACUUGAGGCCAGAGCAGUGGGAGCUUCUUGAGGAACUGAAGAAAGGGUUGGCACCUAUUGAGAGUGCUACUGUUUACCUAAGUGGAGAGCAGUACACAACCAUUUCUGGUCUUCCACAGGUUGUCAAAGGGCUGACACGGGCUGUACACCAAAGCCAAUUUGAGACAAGCUCAGGAAAAUCUUUCCUUGCCAGUGCAGAAGAAGGGAUAACACAGAGAUGGGGGAGUAUUUACAGUGUCUCAGGAGAGAAAGAAAAUCCAGUUAUGUUUGCAGCUGCCCUGGACCCCAGAUAUAAAAAGCUGAAGUUUUUGACUCCUGAAGAUGGCAUUAGAGUGCAGGGGACAGUUGAAGUGCUUGCUGUCAAAGAAGCCAAAAAGGCUGGGACACAGGAUGCAAAUGUGACGAGGGCCAGUGUUUCAGGUAGAACUGAAAGGAGUGCUAUGGAAACCCUGCUUCAGUCUGACACAGACAGUCCAAGUGAGAAUGAGGAUGGAGAAUCUGAGGAGGACCAAAAGAUCCAGGUUGCAAUAAAUGAAGUUCGGCUGUACUUUGGAGAGACCACCACACUCUCUAAAAUGGAUGAUCCUCUCAAAUGGUGGAGUGAAAAUGAGGGGCGUUUCCCCACACUGUCAAAGAUCGCUAAAAAUUUUCUUUGCAUCCCUGCAACCUCUACCCCAUCGGAGCGGAUUUUCUCUGCAGCAGGGAACAUCUGCUCUCAAAAGAGAGCAAGCCUUUCUCCAAGCCAUGUAGAAAUGCUAACCUUCCUGGCCAUGAACAAGAGUCUUGUGGGAUUGGGUUAA